UCCAUUCGCUGUUCAGCCAGAUAUUGUAAUGAAUAAUUGUUGCUAGAUGAACUGUUAUUGUUUUUGAGGAGUACUGACUAGCUCGCACCCGGUUCAACACAACAAAAUGAGCCACUCGAGGAACUACAAUUAUUAUGAGAACUCUAGAUCGCGCAGCCGAGAACGAAGCUACCGGCGAGAGUAUCGAGAUGAUUCAGAACGAUACCAUAGCACAACAGAAUCCAGCCGUGGAGCUGAUUACAGUGCCUCGAGCUAUCGGAGAAGCUCCCAUCAUCGAAGUUCACACUCCACCUCGCACUAUCAUGACCACCCUCCUGCGUCCUCAUCGUCGGGCAUGGCCGGGCUUGAAUGCUCGUCACACGGUUCCUCCGGAAAAGUGGUGUUGGCUGUUUUUAACUUGAGCAUCUAUACCACCGAGGCGGAGUUGUACGAUACAUUCUCGAAGUUUGGCCCACUACGAAAGACCACCGUCGUGCUGGAUGCAAAGACCGGCCGUUCCCGCGGAUUCGGUUUCGUGUACUUCGAGAGCUCUGAAGAUGCCAAGGUGGCGCACGAUCAAGCGAAUGGUAUCGAAAUAGGCGACCGCCGGAUACGAGUGGACUUUUCCGCAACGAACAAACCGCACGAUCCAACGCCGGGCGUGUAUUAUGGGAAAGUAUCCCAUCCAAAGGGAGGUGGUUACGGGGCACACUCGGGGCAUGGGAUGUCCUCUAUGUCUGGCUACCAUCACUGCAGGGCAUGCGAAGUCGAAGCCCGGGAUCGAGAACGAUGGGAACGGGACGCGCGCGCAAGGGAUCACUACUACCACGACAGCUAUUCCGGUCACGAUCGCAGCCGGGACCGUUCGAUGACGGGCCGGUCCGGCCGGAGCGAUUAUUAUCGCGGUGGAACGAGCAUUCGCUGACAGUGGCCAUCCUGCCAUGCACCCAUCGCUGUUGGCUAGGGCAAAGGGAUUGAAAACUAGAAAAGGGAAAUUGUAGCCCUUGUUUUUGCAUUUGGUUUCGUCGCAAGCACAAUCAAGACACUCUGAGCGAGCUAAAAACUGGAUCCGGAACGUGCGAAAACGUUAUGGAACGCAGCGCAAGGAGCGUUGCGUUGCAUUGCACAAAUCACAAAGGCAUAUUUGAGGAAACGAAGAAAAAAAUGGACAACACGCACCGGGACGAAACGGCAAGGAAACUAGAUAUAAUAAGAAAGCGGCCCGCUCGCCCUGGUACGGAAAGCAUUGUAUUGUGAUUAGCUACUCCCUCCCGCUCGUCGCCCUGCAUUGGAACAGGUUUCGAUCGCCCUCUUCUAAUGCGGCCAUGAAUAUCGUGAAGAAAAACAUAUAUUUUUAGCAAAAAUUCGCACGGAAGAGGGGUUUCGCUUUUCCGUACGAGGCUCGCCGAUCCCGAUCUCAAACGUCCGGCCUAGGGAGGGAACUGGAUUUUCCCCGACGCUUUGAUGACGAUUGUAGCACUGUUUCUUCCCUUAUUGUGCUCCUCUGUUUUCUUUAUUAAUUCGUACUAUAUCGAUGAUAUUUUUCUCUGCACAAAACUAGCCCAGAAGUGUAACUGCCGUAGCAGGGAUGGUAAAUUGUAGUAAGUUAUCAUUGUAUCUCGAUCCAAAUAACUUCAUCGUACUAGUUUGUUUUAUUGGUGCAUUUUAAUCGGUUGGUGUUUCGUUAUCCUUACAUGCAAAACACGCACGUGUGUGAUUAUGUGAAAGGACAUUGUAAAAAGAUAAAUCGCAA